AUGAAUGAUUCGCUUCCAGAUUACCAAUACCAGGCCUUGUCGACAUUCGACUCCGUACGCCUCCUCAGUAUCUCGCGGGAUGACAACCAUCCACACGGACUAUGGCUGUCGCUUAAGGAGGUCAACUUGGACGAUGAACCAAUCUUCGCGGCAUUGUCCUAUACGUGGCAACUGCCCAAGUAUAGCAACUCCGAAGGUGCCGAAGAGCCAGGGCCAGGAAGGACGUUUGAGAUCGUUUGCGAUGGCAAGCUGAUGGAGAUAUCUGAGAAUCUCUUUGACUUCCUCCGUACCGUCCUCGAUUUCCGGUGUUCAUUGACGAAAAGAGGCCCCCCGACAAGUCGAAAGUGUCCGCCCAAGGCCAGGUCUGCCCUGGAAUCGAUGCCACUGUGGAUAGAUGCGUUCUGUAUCGAUCAGGCCAAUACCGAGGAGAAGAAACACCAAGUCCUUCUUAUGCACCGCAUUUAUAGCUCGGCACAGGAUGUGCUUGUUUGGUUGGGAAUAUUGGAGCCUGACUCUGAAGUUCAGUGGAUUCACGACAAGUUUAUCCCCCGUUUGUCCAGGAUGGUACGAGAAAGACCGGACUUUGCGAGGAAUCAUUUACCCAAGGAUCCUUACUGCAAGACCCCUGAAGUUCUAGCAGAAUUAGGAUCCGAAUAUUGCUCGCGGUGGGCUGGAGCAUGGCUACCGUUUGCAAAGUUCUUCAGGCAAAACCGAUGGUUCGAUCGUGGUUGGGUCGUCCAAGAAGUUGCUUUGACCGACCCAGCUCAAAUCUAUGUUCUGUGUGGGGAAAGCAUCUUGAGUUGGAAGCGCCUUGGAGCAUUCAUUUUGUUCCUUCGCGAGUCUGGAUGGGGCCAAUCACUUGAGGUGCAGCUCGAGGGGUCUUGGGGAUUAUUGUCACAGGUUGGAUCUCUGGACAUGUCGCAGAGUGCGACCAGUAGGCGUUUUGGCAUAGGUUCUGGCCUUUAUAAGAUCAAUGGGGUCCGCCCACUCUUGGUCGAACUCGUGCGUGCCACGGAAACAAGAGGUUGGAACACGAGGUCGGAGUCUGCAUGGCUUGCAUGCGCGAGCGUUCUCAUCACCACUCUCCGCUCUUUUCAAUUUGGAGAUGACCGCGACCAUAUCCAUGGGUGCUUGGGUAUGCUGUCU